AUGACUAGAAUACAUGAUAAAUUAUUUGGUAACAUUCCAUACGUUGCUCCCGAAAUUUUGAAGGCUGGUAAAAGUGAACAAGAUCCCUAUACAAAAUAUUCUGAUGUAUAUAGUUUAGGAGUUUUGUUAUGGAAUAUAUCAAGUGGCAAGGCACCUUUUAAAGAUCAAAAGGAUUAUACAAUAAGUACGUCAAUCUUGUCAGGAAUUAGAGAAGAAAGAAUACAAAAUACACCUGAUGAAUAUUUUGAAUUAUAUAGCAAAUGUUGGAACGAUGUACCUGAGGAGAGACAUUAUGUUGAAGAUGUUUAUGAGGUAUUGGAAAGGUUGUUGGAAAAUUACAAUGAAGAAAAAGGUUCAACAUUUUCAGGUCCUAUGAAUCUUAAAUAUCGCCUUCAAGGUUUAGGAGCAAUUUACGGCCUGCUGAAACGUGAACAAUAUUUUACAAGUCACGAUAGGGGUAAAGAAUAA